CAGCACGUGAUGAUAGUCUAUAAAUCUGUAAAAAUAACAUAUGGAAGCAUUUAACACAAUAAAUUCAGACAUGUAUAACAUUAUCCGACACAUAUAAUUACAACUAUUAAUUAUAUAUUUGAAGUAGGAAAUUAAGUAAAUACAUAUUUUAAUAUGCGCGUUGACUGGUGACUUACAUGCCCAUUGGGUCGGAUGUGUUUACUUGCUAUAGUGUAUUAAUUAUGGUUAUAUACUCACGCGGUCUGAUCUAUUUUAACGUUUCAGACAAAUUCAUUUGAUAAAAAAAUAACACACGUAUAAACCUAUGCUACAGUAUUGACUCAAAGUACAUUUUAUACAAUUGUUGGGAAGGUGUUAUUAUCAAAUCAAAUGGAAUAUUUUAUACUAAGGAUGAAAACAGUAGCUCUUUAUCUUCGUCCAAGACUCAGAUUUGUGAAAGAACAUUAAUUGACAAGUUACAAGGACAAAUUACCAAGUUGUGUGUAGAAUGUAUUGUGGGAUACUAUACGCUUGACGCGAGAGAGAGUGCUGAUGAAUGAAUGCGGCUAAAAGCCAAUAACUUUAUAUGUGAUACAAGGAGAUAAUGACAAUGGGCAUUAAUUUUAAGAGUGUGCUAAGCGACGGUGGAUAAUAUUGUUGCAAACGUCUCCAGAAGGAGGCGAAAAAGAGCUAAACAUCGACAUAAGGAACGCAGGGAUCACUAAUCAUGCAACUCAAGGACGUCAUUCAGCAGUUAAUUUCUCUAGGCACUAUACUAAUAUCGAUUGUGCCGAGCAUUAAAGGAGUGGGAUAUGGGCCCGUUGCACAGACAACUAAAGGCAAAGUUCAAGGAUUAAAGGUGAGGGUUCACGGAAAGGAAGUUGAUAUAUACUGGGGAAUACCGUACGCGAAACCUCCUGUAGGUGAUUUACGGUUCAAACACCCUGUUCCAAGUGAUCCGUGGAGAGGUAUUCGUAAUGCAACGGAGAAACCAGCUGCCUGUUGGCAAGGGGAAGACAACACUAACCCAGGCCACAAAGGAGCUGCUGUAUGGAACCCAAACACAAACUGCAGUGAGGAUUGUUUAUAUUUGAAUGUCUGGGUGCCAACUGAUUCCUCUGUAAUAAGCAAACCAGUUAUGAUAUGGAUUUUUGGUGGGGGGUUUUAUUCGGGAUCAUCGGCGCUGGAUAUAUAUGACGGGAGAUAUUUAGCUGCCGAAAAUAACGUUAUUGUUGUGUCUAUGCAGUAUCGGGUAGGGGCUCUUGGGUAUUUAGCACUCUUUCAUCGUGAAGCCCCUGGCAAUGCUGGGAUGUUUGAUCAGGUAAUGGCACUUGAUUGGGUCCAACAAAACAUUCAUUAUUUUGGAGGCAAUCCUCAUUCGGUGACACUAUUUGGAGAAAGUGCAGGAGCCGUAAGUGUUGGAAUGCAUAUGAUGUCUCCAUUAAGUCGCAGCAAAUUUCAUAGAGUCAUUUUACAAAGUGGUGCCCCACAAGCAGCAUGGGCGACAAUUUCUGACAAGGAAGCUAAAAAUAGAUCGCUAAUACUUGCAAAGAAUUUUAAGUGUGAUUACCCGGAAACUCCGGAUAUAAUUGAGUGUUUACGGAGAGUACCUGCCAAUGAAUUUCACGAGCCUGAAUGGGGUACAAUAGAUUAUGGGGUUGUAAGAUUUCCAUUUGUGCCUAUUAUAGAUGGGACAUUUUUACAAGAGGAUCCCGAGAAAUCGUUACGAAAUGGCAACUUUAAGAAAUGUCCAGUAUUAUUAGGCCAUAAUACAAACGAAGCCAAUUUCUGGCUUAUAUAUUAUCAUGAAUUAUUUUCUUUAGAUUCUGAACCUAUGGUUAGUCAAAGUUAUUUUGACACCCUUAUUGAUGAUAUAUUUCACUAUCAUCCUUAUUAUCCGAAAUCAUUAAACUCUUUCGGAAAGGAGGCGAUAAAAUUUCAAUACCGGAACUGGUUAAAUCCAUAUGAUCAGAAAAUGAAUGCAUGGCAAAUUGAUAUGGCAGUGGGAGAUUUUAGUUUUAUAUGUCCCUGUGUAGACUUUGCUUUACACGCGGCUUCAGCGGGUAGUAGUGUAUAUUAUUAUGUUUUCGAACAUCGGUCAACUAAACAUCAUUGGCCAAAAUGGUCUGGUGUUUUACACGCUGAUGAGAUCAAUUUUAUGUUUGGAGAACCAACGAAUAAAUCAUUUGGAUAUACUGAAGAAGAGAAAAUAUUUUCCAAGAAAAUGAUGAGAUACUGGACCAACUUUGCAAAAACCGGAGACCCCAACAGGUCACCAGGGUCCUUGUUUUUAGAUGAGUGGCCAUUAUUCAAUAACGUCACUCGCAAACAUUUAAUCCUGCGACCGGAGCUUAUAAAUCGGCUGGAUAAAUCUUUAGCAGUUGGUCAUGGGUCGAGAGCAAAGGAAUGCUCAUUCUGGAAGGACUAUCUACCAAACCUUGUCGUCAGAACAGCUGAUAUGUCAGAAAUGGAAGUGGAAUGGAAACUUCAAUUCAAUGAGUGGAGCACAAAAUACAUAGUGGAAUGGAAGCAACAGUUUGACAGCUUUUUGUUGGACCAUGGUUUAUCAAAAAAUCGAAACUGUCCGACACCCUAAAAAAAUAACAAAAAUACCUCGGAUUUACCACAUAGCUCGUUCUUUUGCGGAAUAAUAAUGCGCCCCAUAAGUCACGCAAUAAUUCCGCUGGAGAACUAUUUUUCAUGAUAUGAAUCAUAUAUCCUAAAUUAUGUCAUAGAGGUCUUUAUGUACAAUGGAAGGAGAUCUACAUUUUAAAACAAUCGCUAAAAACCAUGAAUUAAACAUGUAUACUACUGCUGCGUUUCAAUAAACAUGACAUGUCAAAUCUUCUACAAUUUUCAUAGAUCUUUGUCAAGUUCAGUAUAAACUACCGUUAACUCAGAAGUUGAUAUUUGAUGAUUUUGAUGAUUUUACGUAGGUCAUAUAUUUGUAGACACUGAUUCUCAAAUACAGGUCAGAAUGUGUGGUUUGUAGACACUGAUUCUCAAAAACAGGUCAAAUUGUGUGGUUCGCGAAACAAUGCUAGAAAAGAUGAUAAAGCUUCAAGUAUUUUUUGUAUAAAAUGUGCAUCUUUUAUUUGAUAUUAUCAGAAGAGAAGUGAUGAUUGUUGCUGCAAGUAAUGUAUUUUGUAAGGAUAUCUCUGCCGUUUGAUAACAAAGGUGAUAUGAGUUUUGAAUUUUUGGAUUUUUAUGAAAAUUUGUUUGUCACAAUUACAUUUUAUCAUUUAAACUUUGUGUUCUUCAUCACUGAAUACAAUUUUCAUGACUUUUGUUUAACAUGUUUAUUGUAUUCUCGCGAAAUUAGGUUUAUUUGGGUACAAAGGGUGGCAAAAACUUUUGCAAUAGAUAAAAAUAAAUAGCAAUAAAUACAUAUGUACAAAACAUAUUUGAAAUGCACAUGAAUAUGUAAUUAUUUCUAUAUUACUUUCAGUCACAGUGUCUGACAUUAGUUUGUAAAGAACUGCAUUUUGAGCGCUGCUAAUCAGGUCAUUGCUCCACCGAAUGCAUGAUUUAGAAAUGUCUACGAACUUCCGGUUUUAGAAUAUAUAAUAUUGGUUCUUAUAUUGUACAACUCCUUUUAAUUGGUGAACCGUGUUGUUGUACUUAUAAAAUAGACUGGCCUGGUUUAUAGGUUGGCCAGGGCUACGAUAUGUAUUGUAUUUUGCCAUCGAAAUAUUUCUAUAAAAUGCUUCUUCCCCUUCUGUUUGGAUCCGUCUAUGUUUACAGACACGUUUGUUUAUUCUAUGGACUGUAGUUUUGUAAUUAUGUGAUGAGGAAUAUGUUUAUAUGUCUAUCAAAGAAAAAAAUGUGAUAAAACUACUUGUUAGUUGUGUUGAAAUAAGUCGAAAGAAUGGCAUGUAUACAUAAAUUUUGAAUAUGCAUUCUUUGCUUCGAUCAUGUGCUGUCUCUAUACACGUAAGCGUUGGCGUAAAAUCUGGAUUCUAAUAGCUAAAAUACCGGUAUUUAAUUUGAGAAAAUUCGGUUUUCUUCUGAAAUAAAACGAUUUGUUAUGUUUGAAAAUGUUGCUGUUUCGAAACGUAGAUCACUGACUCGACAUUUGAACGAGGAAAAUUUUGAACGAUAAACAAUCAGAAAUUAUUUAUAAUUAAGUAAAAAUAGAAAUGUACAUAAUUAUAUAUCAUAUACCAUUUAAGUCUUUCUAGCAUAAACACAGUUAUGCGUUACUUGCCUCAUGUGUAUGACACUGAGGGGGUAAAAUCUGGUUCAAACUGUUGACAAGAAAUGAAAAAGACAUUAUUUGUUCGUUCUGUUUAUACCAUUUUAACAGUAUAAUGCAUAAGGUGCAUAUACAUUAUAUUCUAGUCGUAAAAUAUGUAGGUUGAAAUGUACCGAGGAUUGCUUCUUAUGCCAAACAAUAGUGUUUAUGUACUGAUACGAUAAACUUGGUGGCAGGAUAGCGUUUACUAUGAUGAAAGAGAUCUAACUAUGACAAUAAUGAACAGAGAGAGAGCGAUUUCACUAAGACAGAGGUUACUACGCAAACAGUGAGUGCACUAUAACAACGAGAUAACUAUAAAAACGAGGUUAUAAAAAUAGCGAUUUUACUAUGACAACAGCGACCGGAGACCUUACUAUGAUAUCAGUGAUAUACGUGAUUUCACCACGACAGAGGCGACAACGAGUAUCACAACUGUGCGAGUAACGACUGACAGCUAUGAAAAACAGCGAGAUUAAUAUAUAACAGCAACGAUUUUACCGUCAACAACGAGUUAGCUGUGAAAAAAUAUCAGCGAUUUUACUGUGUGUUGGUGUGUGACCAGCGAGUUUACUAAAAUUAGAUAUAAAAGCCACCAAAUAUAGUGAACGAAGUUUGAAAGUUUUAAUAUAACAACAGUCAAUUUUCUUCUUGCGUUGUAUUUUUCCAAGCGUACAUCGCUUAUGAGUAGACAAAAGUAGGUAAAAUCCAAUACCUCAUAUAUUACUUGCUUCGUCCAUAUAUGUACCGAUGUUUUGUCUACUCAGUUAUAACGAGAGAGCAUUAGUUCAUUUAUCAUACAUGUCAUGUCAGCAUAUAUUUUCGUCAAUACACCGUGCGUUUCUGAUGUCUCCAAAAAUUCCCAUUCAGACAUGAUGUAAUUUGUUGUUCAGUAUAGCAACACAAAGUCGGUGAAAAUCAAAUUUAAGUAGUUUGUUCAAACUCACAAUAGAUACCGUUGUUAGAAUUUCCGCUAAUUUCAAUUUUGCGAACCAAAUCUAUUGAUUCUUUUUGUUUAGAUAUACAUGUAUUUACAGUAAAAUAUCUUAUAACGGAAUGAAAUUGUUUCUUAUUGAAGUUUCUAUAUACAAUUUAUAUCACUGCAACACACUCGACCAAACAAACCUUAAAUAAAAGUGUUAACUUAACGGUAAUGUUCAUGUUGUAGUAGAUGGAGUUCCGUAUUCUCAUGUUGUAUGUUUUACAUGUAAUUUAAUUGUAAAAUUAUGUAAAACGUAUAAUGAAAAUAUGAAAAUAAAUAUUUAAACAAA